AUGUCUACCACUGUUAUUAAAACACAAGAACGUACUCGUAAAAGAUUGAGAACCAACACCUCAGGAAUAGUUUUUAAAGAACUGUAUCAAGAAAAAUCUACCAACGACGAACAAGAAGAUGUCGCCAUUGUACCACCUACAGAAAUUUCUUUUGAUAAAAAACAUCAAUCCAUCCUACUGAUCACUCAUUUUAAAGAUCCAUUAAAAGUGCAAAGUAGAUAUCCAAUUCCAGAAUUACAACCAUAUGAAAUCUUAGUUAACAAUAAAGCCAUAGGACUAAAUCCAAUAGAUUGGAAAGGAAAAAAAUAUGGAUUUGGGAUCUAUCAUUUCCCCUGGAUUAAUGGUCGUGAGUCAAGUGGUGAUGUGGUUAAAUUAGGUGAUCAAGUUGAUAAGUUUUCUAUUGGUGAUAAAGUGAUAGUUAGUUCCACCAGUUAUCGUGAUAAUAGAACUUCAACUUUCCAACAAUACACUGCAAUUGACUCAAGAUUAGUUUGGAAACUUCCUGAAAGUUUCAGUUAUGAAGAUGGUGCCACGAUUGGAGUUGGAUUAGUCACUGCUGGGAUUAUUUUAUAUAAUUCAUUUGAAUUUGAAUUAAGUGCAACCCCAACCAAACAAACUACCACAGCUAGUAACAAUAAUACAAUUUUAAUUUGGGGUGGGGCUACUGUUGUUGGACUUUACGUUGCCCAGUUAGCCAAAAUAUAUGGAUUGAAUGUUAUUGCUGUGGCAAGUACUAAACACGAAACAUAUUUGAAACAAUUAGGGGUUGAUCAUUUAAUUGAUCGUCAUUUAUCUGAAGAUGAAAUCAUUAACGAAAUAAAUAGUAUUGAUGGCAUUGAAUCAAUUGAAUAUGGUGUUGAUUGUGUUGGUAAAGAAACUUCCAAAACCGUAUUGAAAAUUCUUGAUCUAAAAUCACAACCACAACAAAAGUCUAAAGACGAACAAAUUGUUAAACCAAAGUUUUCAGGAAUAGUUGGUGUACCUAAAGAAUAUCCAGAAAGUGUUGACGUGAGAAACGUGGUUAUCAAACGAUUCCAUGAAGAUGUAUCAUUUGGUGAAAAAUUUAUUGAUGUCACUAGUGAAUUAUUAAAUAAAAAAGUCAUUGAGCCAGUUAGAUUUAAACAAUAUAAAGGUGGUCUUCACAUCAUUGAUAAUGCUCUAAAAGAUUUAGAGAAGAUUGGUGCCAACGGAGAGAAAUAUGUUGUUAGUGUAUAA